AUGUCCCAGCACGACAUUGAUCCAGCAAUCAUUGCAGCCUACUUGGAUAGUCUCAAAGAUCCAAAAACCAGAGCAGGCUACGAGAAACUUCUCAACGAUCCAAAGGUUUCGGUAAACCUAUGGGAAGGACAACUUGUCUUUGGCUCAUACACAUACGAAAGACCACCCAAACGGAAGCCGGAUCCCAGCUGGGACGAUGACAAUGAGAACUUGUCUGACGCAAGCGCAGGAUCCUCCUCCUCCUCCAAAGGAAGCUCCUCGUCAAAGCAUUGGCAGGAUAUCAUCAAAAAGCCCGCACUGAGUUCCACCGAUCGCAUGCGUAUUCGAAAGAAACUGCGAUUCCACGCUGGUGCCGUCGAAGACGAUGAGAUGUGGAACCAUUUUCAUGAUGACGGGUGUGGUAUAACCCAAAUAACUGAUUUCAUAUACGUAUCUGGACUGCAGCCAGUUGAUCACUGUCGUUGCACCAUUGAUGCCCUCGGAAUCAUCCAUUGCAUCUCUAUUGGCAACGAUAAGGGCAAAGAGCAGCUCCCGGGCAUCGACACUCUGCUCGUUGACGUAGGCGAUUCAGCAAAAGAAGAUAUUAUCACGUACUUUGACGCCUGUUUUGAACAUAUUGAAAAGGCACGGAAAGCAAAGGGGAAAAUCCUUGUUUGUGACCUCUUUGGUAGAAGCCCUGCACCCGUUGUCAUUUGCGCAUACCUGAUGAAGAAAACCAAAUGCUCUCCCCGGAAGGCGUUUUACUACGUAUUUCAGAAAAAAAAGGAUUUCAAACCCAAUCCCGCCUUCUGGGAGCAGUUGUGCCUGUACUCAAUCAUGAACCACUCCAUCACCACAGCCACAGGCGAAAAGAAAUCAAUCUACCGUCGGUAUCAUUCGGCCCGCAAGCUAAUCUGGGUGCAUCUUAAGGAUAAAUGGUACCUGCAAGGAUCACGGAGGAGGUUUCCGAACCUCAGUGACGACUGGCUUUUGAACCUCCGGUAUCCAAAAGGGCAUACUUGGAAUUACCGACAUUACGUAUUCCAAGAGCUUGAGGCAGACGAUUUCGGCAAACUCGACAAUCCACUUGACGCCCAUUAUGCUUGCAAGGAUUGUUCGACCCCUCUCUUUGCUGAAAAUAAUCUGAUGCCUUCAUUCCAUUUAUAUGAGCACCUACCGUUAUAUACCACAGCCCCAUUGCUGGGUCGCCGAGGUCAACACCUUCUCGGCAUAUGUGCAGCACCAGACGCACAACCAGACAGCGGCCCGUACUUUAUUGAACCGAUGGACUGGAUAGUGGUGCAAGUCCAGGACCGAAAAGCCCAUCGCGGCGAUAUCCGCUGUCCGGGAUGUAAGGUCAAACUAGGAUCCUGGAACGCACAUGAGGUGCUUGAGAAUGGGGAUGUGAUGCUGGGAGCUUUCAAGGUGGAGAGGGACAAGGUUGUUUUGGGUGGGGAUUAA